AGAAGUCGAUAUUCGUUCGGACCCCGAGGUAGAGAUUAAUCUGCUGGUUUGAGGAUUGAAGAGGUAGAGGUCGCUGAAGUGCUGAGAAGCAUCAAUCGCAUUGCUGUCAUGGAGGAGGUUGGCGAAGUAACUGUGACUGCGACAAACGAAGGAGGGCCAAGUGAAGAAGUGAAGAAUGGCUACAUGUUGUUUAGACGAGAAUUUCUUAAGGGUGGGGAGAAGUUUAAGAAUAUGUCUGAACAAGCGAAAAAGGCAUCAAAGGCAUGGAAGCAGUUGACACCAGAGGAGCAGAAGAAAUACAGUGAUAGGGUGAAGCAAUCAAGAAAGGAAGGGAUGAAGAAGAAGAGGAAGAAAAAAGUGGCUUUUAGCACUCGUUGCUCGGUUCGGCAAUUUAAGUCAUUAGUGGACUUCAUAAAAGAUGAUGAAGAUUUGAAAGUGAGGGUACAAAAUUUAGGCUUUGGCCAUUUACUUGACAUUGGAUGUGAGAGACUCCCUCGUGACCUCAUAGUAUGUGUUCUCCGAGCAUAUGAUCCGCCUACCCAUCAAUUUCUAAUAAGAGGGAUAAUAAAGGAAAUAGAAGCAAAUGAUGUUGCAAACUUGUUGGGUGUACCCCACACAGGGGAGAAGGUAAAAAUGGACGUAUGUGAUGAUGAUGAGACAUACCAGAGGUUGAAGGAGGAAUUUGGUAAAGUCCCUUAUACGAAGAUACUCAAUGACAUUAAAUCUGGGCAGAAGAAAGAUGAGUUUGAGUUCCUGUUUAUGCUGUACACACUUGGGAGUUUUUUAACUCCUACUUCACAAACAACUGUGAGUGACAAGCUAAUAAGAGUCAUGUGCUGUACCAUGAAGGGAUUUCACCAAUUUGAUUGGGCCACGUACAUUGUGAAGCACUUGUGGAAAGAGAUGGGAGAUUAUGUGAAAGUAUACACAAAAGCAAAGAAAGACGAAGAUGAAGAUGAAGGAAGCUGCAAUGUGGGAGGAUGCAUCUACCUCCUGUUGUUAUAUUUUGCUGAGCACUUCCCACUAUCCAAAACUGUUGAGAGAGGGUCCCUAAAUGCCAUUCAAUUCUGGACUGAUGAGAGGAUAAGGAAGCUGGAAAAGGAGGAGAGGGAAAGCAAGAGGGUUUACUGUAUAAGGGCAAGGGAAGUAUGGAUAGAAGUGGGAAGGAUGAAGGAAAACGCAGAAGUGUGGCUCAUUUACACCCGGAGUUACAGAAGUUGCACGGACGAUUGA